AUGACUGAGAUCCUUCAAGCCGGUUACCUAUCCGUCAAGGAAGAUGGUCUGCGGGCAUGGAUUUGGUCCAAACGAUACUGUGUUCUUAGAGACCAAGCAUUGACAUUUCAUAGAAACGAACAAAGUGGCCAGUGUGUGGCCCUGAUAUUUCUAAAGGAGAUCACUUCUGUGACUCGCACAGAUUUGAAACCAUACUGCUUUGAAGUAACAAACAAGGACAAGACAUACUACAUUGCGUGCAAGAACGACGAAGAGUUAUAUUCAUGGAUGGAUGAGAUCUACAACCGAUCUCCUGUCGGGGCUUCUGGUCCAACUAAUUUCGUUCACGAGGUGCACGUCGGCUUUGAUCCCAUCACGGGGGCAUUCACCGGGCUACCAGACCAAUGGACUAAACUACUCAAGGGCUCUGCAAUUACAGCAGAAGAUGCAGCAAAGAACCCUCAGGCAGUUCUUGACGUUCUUGAAUUUUACACCGAACAAACCAAGCGAGAAGCAGAGGAAUACGGAUCAUCACACCUUCAAGGCGCGGUUGAGCGUAGAAGCGAUGAUCGCUGGGCUGCUCUCAUUCAAGAAAAACAACCCACAUCUCCUACAUCUGCAGCCAAUUAUCGCCCAAUCCCUCGCCCUGCACCAGCACCACCAUCCCAAACUUAUCCUGAGCGUGAUGUCAAUGAUAUGAUGGAUGAACUAUCUGUCAGUCAAAGUGAUCGCACUCAGUCUUCUAGACUCACUCCUCCAUGCACACCAAACCCACUUGAAAUCUCACCUCGUCUCAAUCCCAAUGACAGAGCACCCUCGUCUCCUGUAAAAAAGACGGCUGCCCAGGUUUCUUCAAAGAAGAAGGUCGAACAAAGAAUAAGCACAAUGACCGAAGCUCAAAUUAUGGACAAGCUGCGCUCUGUUGUAACCCGUGGUGAUCCUACUGAUAUGUACAAGAAGUUGAAGAGAGUUGGCCAAGGUGCUUCUGGAUCUGUUUAUGUUGCCAUCUCACUGUCUACCAACACCAAGGUGGCCAUCAAACAAAUGGAUCUUGCUCAUCAACCCCGUAAAGAAUUGAUUGUCAAUGAAAUUCUGGUUAUGAAGGAGUCUCAGCACCCCAACAUUGUCAACUUCCUUGACUCUUUCCUUGUCAAGAAUGCCGAACUUUGGGUUAUUAUGGAGUACAUGGAGGGUGGCGCACUCACUGAUGUUAUCGACAACAACACCAUGACCGAACAACAAAUUGCUACCGUCUGUCUAGAGUCUACUGCCGGUCUUCACCAUUUGCACUCUCAAAAUAUUAUUCACAGAGACAUCAAGUCUGAUAACAUUCUUCUCAAUGCCCACGGUCAGGUCAAGAUUAGUGAUUUUGGAUUCUGUGCUAAGCUCACAGAUCAGCGUAACAAGCGUGCAACCAUGGUUGGCACACCAUAUUGGAUGGCCCCUGAAGUAGUCAAGCAAAAGGAGUAUGGUGCCAAGGUUGAUAUCUGGUCAUUAGGAAUCAUGGCUAUUGAAAUGAUUGAGAACGAACCACCUUACCUGGAUGAAGAACCACUCAAGGCACUUUAUCUCAUUGCCACCAAUGGAACACCAACCCUCAAGGCACCCGAAAGACUUUCGCGUGAGCUCAAGAGUUUCUUGGCAGUGUGCUUGUGUGUUGAUGUUAGAUCAAGAGCUACAUCUGCUGAACUGAUCGAGCAUGACUUCCUCAAGAAGGCAGGACCUUUGGAAAUCCUGGCACCUCUGCUCAAAUUCAAGGCCGGCAAGCAUUAG